AUGCCCAACCAGCAUAAGCCCACACCCCCCUUAGAUGAGCUCAUGCCUCAUAUGCUGCGCUAUUGGAAGACGCAUCUCAAUGACAAAGAGAUUGUCCAGGGUUUGCAGAAACAUUUUAACACAGAACACUGUGGUAUUGGGUGUGUAGAUGAUAUCUAUGAUUAG